AAAGCAUGUGAAUAAAGGUUUAGUGCUUAUGGCACGUGGCUCUGCUCGUUACUGAUUACCUGAUUAUCAAGUAACGAAAGCAGAAAGUAACGCAGGGUGCUCACACUGGCUGUUUAAAAAGUUACUUUGAAGUCAAAGUGGGCAUUGUUAUUUUCACCCCAGCUGGAGGAUGCUGCCAGGAAUCGGCACCGCGCAUGUAGCUGCCUGUGUGGUCUCGCGCUCGUUCACGGCCACAUAAACACCUGAUCUCUUCAGGGGGACAAAUCCGGUGAGAAUUUCCGCAGGAAACCGAUCCCCUCUCAUCGCACACCCCCCUGCUGUGUUAGAGAGCGAGGUUUCCUCCGAGCAGGAUGGCGGAUGGAGACACGGUGGAGGAUCUGAGUGUGGGAGACAGCGGCCCGCUGCAGCUGAGGGACUACCGGAGACUGGCUCGGCUGUACUGCAUGAAUGGCGGACAUCACCUCCAGAUCCUCCCCGACGGGACGGUGCAGGGCCAGAGGGAAGAGAGUGACGCUCACACUGUUUUAAAGCUCAAAGCUGUGGACAGAGGCGUCGUGGUCAUCCAAGGAACUGAAGCCAGCAGAUAUUUAGCCAUGAGCGAUGAAGGCCGUUUGUACAGUUCACCCACAGUUACAGAUGAAUGUUACUUCCUGGAGAGGCUGGAGGAGAACCACUACAACACAUACCAGCCACAGAAAUAUCACGACAACAACUGGUACGUAGCUCUGAAAAAGAACGGAAAGCCUAAACUCGGCCCGAGAACCCACAUCGGACAGAAAGCCGUCUUCUUUCUCCCCAGGCAGCUGGAUGACUGAAGGAGCAAAACACACAGCGAUACCUCAACCGCAAAGGACCAGAAACACAUAUUAUAACCUCUAAAUCAUCACCAGGACUAUUAACAGGAGGUGGUGGCGUGAAAUCAAGAGAUAAUAAAUCCAGAUAAAAGGGAAGUGUAAAAGCAGUCUGUCUAGUGCAUGAUGAGAUACAGAUCAAAUGUCUCUUUAUUUUAAUAAUACAUCAAAUCUAUAGACACAACAAAUCUCUCUGAUUUUAUUUGGUAGCAGGUCCUCCUAGCUCACAGAACAAAGACAUUUAGAGCAAACAUGAACACAUUAACCUGCAAAUUAACAUGAAUUUGUGCUUCUCGGACUAAGGUUUUCUGGGAAGAGUAAAUAAAUACAUUGCUUCUAAUUAUAUUACAACAAAGCUUUAAGAAUACCAUUAGCUGGCUCAUUGGAGGUUAGUCCCGCUGUACUUUAGCUUUUCUGUAAUCUGUGUUUUGUUCCUGAAACCUUGACUGGAUAGAAAGUGCUACAGAGCUUAAGGCCUAACAAAUUAACCAGUAAAGCUUUCCCAGAAGUGUUGCUGCUCUGUUAUACUUCUAACAGUUACACAUUGCUGCCACUAGAAGCCGCCACAGUGCACGAUGACAUCCCCUCCAAAGAAUUUUUAUUUGCAACACUUUAAUUUACCAGCCCCUUAUACACCACCGACCUAUGAGUUAGCCCCUUUAAUCACACUAUUGACAACUGUUUGUCUGUUCACUGUUUUUCACGGUUUGUCCAAUAAGGCUUCAUAACCUGAGACAAUCAUCAGUACACUCAUCAUCACUUUAAAUAUCCUGCACUGUUUAUUUUACUAUGCACACUUAAUGAGCCUUCAUUUCUAUUCUACUGAGCUCUUGGAGCUAUUUUAUGUUACGCUUUUUUAAAUAUUUGUUGUAUUUUAUUGAACUACUUUAAUAUUACCAUAUUUAUAGUUCUUCAGUUGUACCCCAUUGUAAACCACGAAGUAUGCAGUUGAUAUAAAAAGCGUACACGUGCCUGUUAAAGUGCCUGCGGUAAUGACGUUACAAUAACGAGACCAAGAUAAUAAAACUUUUUCCACCUUUAAUGUGACCUUAAAA